AUGGGAAAUACAUCUAGUAUCCACGCCGGAAGAGAAUGUCUGGUCUCCGCCGUGGGUGGCGAUAUAGGCCGUGUCGCCUUCUGUGAUGUGCCUCACUACGACAUCUCCCACGUCCAUCCUCGCAACCUGGAGUUUCCCGUGACUCCAGUAGCGGUGACGUAUCCAGAUUCAUCGGAUCAGAUUGCUUCUAUUGUCAAAUGUGCGGCAGCACAUGGCCGGAAAGUUCAGCCUCGCUCUGGUGGGCACAGUCUGGGCAAUUACGGCCUGGGAGGGAGGGAUGGGGCCAUUGUGGUGGACAUGCAGCAUUUCCAACAAUUCACCCUGGACCAGUAUACCAACCAAGCGACCGUUGGUCCGGCUAUUUCGGUGCAAGACCUGGCUCACAAGCUGUGGGCGGCAGGAGCGCGAGCCAUGACUCACGGGACCUGUCGCACAGUUGGAGCUGGAGGGCAUCUGACAAUUGGUGGAAUUGGCCCUACGGCCCGACAGUGGGGAUUGGCUUUGGAUCACAUCGAUGAAAUCGAGGCAGUUCUGGGAAAUGGGCAAAUCAUCCGGGCAUCAUCUCACCAACAUUCUGACCUCUUCUUUGCCAUCCGGGGAGCCGCGCCGAAUAUUGCUAUUGUCACCGAGUUCAUCGUGCGGACCCAGCCCGCGCCGCGCACAGCGAUCCAGUUCCGUUACAUGAUGGAGACGAAUCAAGGGUCUAUUGAGGGACAGGCCAUAGCAUUUGGACGCUGGCAGGCAUUCAUCGCAGACCCCAGGCUGUCGCAGAACCUGGAUAUUACCCUCACCAUCAAGGGACCGGGUCUACUGGAGCUGUCCGGGGUAUUCUUUGGCACCCGAGAGGAAUAUGAGACCCUUGGCCUAGAGCAGAAACUUCCCCUUCACAGUAGUCACACACAGUCUCUUUCAGGGUGGGGAACCAUUCUUAAUUCAAUCCUACACGACGUCAAUUCGCGAUUCUCGUACGACAAAACGCUGGGAGUCACCUCGAAGCAUCUCAUCCCCAACUGGGCUAUGAUAAGAUUAGCGAAGUAUUUAUCCACGGCUCGUCCGGGAAUCACCGACUGGUCCUUAUCGUGUCGGCUGGUUGGUGGUGCAGUCAAUGAACCCUGGAUGAAUGCAACAGCUUUCCCACACCGUGACGUUCUCUACUGGAUCACCUUCCAUGCACGCAGUCCAAGUCAACCGUUGCCACCGGCCGCCUUUGAAUUCCUCGACCGAGCAUAUGAUAUAGUUAACAAUUCACUGCCGGGACGUCCACCCAUGUAUCUGGGGGAUCUCGAUCCACGGGCUCCUGACUCCCGGAUCAUGUAUUGGCGGUCAAAUCUCCCGCGGCUUGAAGAGGUCAAGGCCAGGGCGGAUCCUGCAGGAAUCCUGGAUAAUCCGCAAGGGGUGUGAAGAGUAAGGGAUAAAUAUUUGACUUGAACCGUCGACAGUCAGCACGGCAUGUGGUCAUAUAGGAUUCCCAGUUGUGGAAUCGGAUAUAUCAGAUGUUGCUCC